GGGCACUGAUAGUGGGUGACCCCGUGGUUGGAAAGGUGAUUUACAAGGGGAGGUGCCGAGAUAUGAUACCAUUGCCGUGUGCAAGAAAGGAAGCAGAGAUGAUUGGAGGACUUCUUGGCGUAACGCCUUUGAUAGGAGAUUCCGCGACAAAGCAUUCUGUACUCCAAGCGAUAAAUUCAGUGAGCCUGAUACACAUUGCAGCCCAUGAUGAUGCCGAAAGAGGGGAGAUUACUCUUUCUCCUAGGCACCCUACCCUACUCCCACCUUUUCCUCGAGAAGAAGAUUAUCUUUUGACGAUGGCAGAUAUUUCAAAGACUCGGUUGCGAGCUAAACUAGUGGUGCUUAGUUGUUGUCACAGUACUCGUGGACAGAUUAGAACCGAAGGAGUAAUUGGAAUUGCCCGAACGUUCAUAAGAUCCGGAGCUCGUUCAGUGUUGGCGGCACGAUGGGCCCUGGAUGACACAGCCACAGAGCAGUUCAUGACUUGUUUCUACAAACAUUUGUUCCGCGGUGAAAGCGCCAGUGAGUCUCUCCACAAGGCUAGGAAGUGGAUGAGAAAUAACGGCUAUGACAAAGUUUCUCAAUGGCCACCAUUUAUGAUCAUGGGCGACAACGUGACAUUUGAUUUUGGAAAUUGGCCGGUGCCUAGCGCACCUUAAGAGCCAUGACUUUGAUAAAACCUCUGUAGCAGAAUGAACUAGAUUUAGUAAAGCUCACAACUAUUUAAUUACAAGCCUGUAAAAAUAGGACGCCAUCUGCGAAGGGCAACUUGAAUCGAUACACAGAGGAAAGCAUUUCUGUAAAAUGCUUAUCAGACAUCUAAGUUUAUUAAUUUGAAACAAGACAGCGUGUAGCGUAUCUCUUUAUAAGAGUUCCGAUGAGUUAGUUUAAGUAGGAAUUGUCCACCAAAUCUUCGAAAAUUUGCAAAAACCUGAAAUAGGUAUUUUCAGACAGCCCACUUCUUUUGUUUUCUUUGUUUUCUAUGGAUAAGCCUAUAAAUCAUUCAGUGUUGAGGUAGAUAAUAGUUUUAUUGGAAACUCUGUGGGAGAAAACGGCUGUUCAAUCGAUGGACG